AUGGAAAAAUUCCCAAUGGAAAUAAGUGUUAUGGAUAGACUUCAUACAAGGGAGAAAUCUCAAGAGUGUCAUGAAGGUGGUAAAGCUUUCAGUGAAAACUCUUCCCUUAUUGCACAUCAGAGAAGCCACACUGGAGAAAAACCUUAUGAAUGUAAUCAAUGUGGAAACACUUUUACACAGAGAGCCAGUCUUGCUGUACAUAAGAGAAUCCACACUGGAGAGAAACCUUAUGAAUGUGAUCAAUGUGGAAAGGCUUUCAGAUGCAAUUCCAGUCUUGCUUUACAUCAGAGAAUCCACACUGGAGAGAAACCUUAUGAAUGUGAUCAGUGUGGAAAGACUUUUAGAUGCCGUUCUAGUCUUGCUAAACACCAGAGAAUCCAUACUGGAGAGAAACCUUAUGAAUGUGAUCAAUGUGGAAAGACUUUCAGACAGAGCUCCAGUUAUUCUGAGCAUCAGAAAGUCCACACUGGAGAGAAACCUUAUGAAUGCAAGCAAUGUGGGAAGACUUUCAGGUGUAACUCCAAUCUUGCUCUACACCAGAGAAUUCACACUGGAGAAAAACCUUAUAAAUGUAAUCAAUGUGGAAAGAAUUUUAGUCAGAGUUCUAGUCUUUCUGAUCAUCAGAGAAUCCACACUGGAGAGAAACCUUAUGAAUGUAAUCAGUGUGGAAAGGCUUUCAGAUGUAGCUCUAGUCUUGUUGAACAUGAGAGAAUCCACACUGGAGAGAAACCUUAUGAAUGUAGUCAAUGUGGGAAGGCUUUCAGAUGCAGCUCCAAUCUGGGUAAACACCAGAAAAUCCACACUGGAGAGAAACCUUAUGAGUGUAAUCUAUGUGGAAAAACUUUUAGGCACAGCUCCAGUCUUGCUCUGCAUCAGAGAACUCAUACUGGAGAGAAACCUCAUGAGUGUCAUGAAUGUGGCAAAGCUUUUAGAGACCACUCAUCCCUUAUUGUUCAUCAGAGAAUCCACACUGGAGAGAAACCUUAUGAAUGUAAUCAAUGUGGUAAAACCUUUCGGCAACAGUCAUCCCUUAUUUCCCAUCAAAGAAUUCAUACUAGAUAG